AUGUCUCACAAUGUGCAGUCGUCUGAAGUUUCACCCAGGGCUCUGGAGCUGAGGCUGAAGGAUGGAGGCCACCGCUGUGAGGGGAGAGUGGAAGUGAAGCGUCAAGGAAUAUGGGGCACGGUGUAUACUACUUUCUGGUUCCUGGAUGGUGCAGAUGAGGUGUGCAGAGAGCUGGGAUGUGGAGCUGCUGUCAAUGCUCCCAGAGGGGUUUAUUUUGGACCAAGACUUAUUGGCUCCACUUGGCUUUUCUAUAUUUACUGUGACAAUACAGAGACAGAAUCAAGUUUCAGCAUCAAAGACUGUGCUCAUCAAGAUUUUAAAAACUAUAAUCGUAUCAUCUCUCAUGACCAGAGUAUUGGAGUAGUCUGCUCAGGAUUUGUGCGUCUGGUUGGAGGGGAUGGACCCUGCUCAGGGCGAGUAGAAGUGCAUUCUGGAGAAGACUGGACCCCAGUGUCUGAUGGGAACUUUACAUUCCCCACGGCCCAGGUCAUCUGUGCAGAAAUGGGAUGUGGCAAGGCUGUGUCUGUCCUGGGACACGUGCCCUUCAGAGCAUUAAAUGGCCGGGUCUGGGCUGAAGAGUUCAGGUGUGAGGGGGAGGAGCCUGAGCUCUGGUCCUGCCCCAGAGUGCCCUGUCCAGGGGGCACUUGUCACCACAGUGGAGCUGUUCAAGUUGUCUGCUCAGCAUACACAGAAGUCCGGCUCAUGAAAAAUGGCACCUCUCAGUGUGAGGGGCAAGUGGAGAUGAAUAUUUCUGGAAGAUGGAGAGCGCUCUGUGCUUCCCACUGGACUAGGGCCAAUGCCAAUGUUGUCUGUCGUCAGCUCGGCUGUGGAGUUGCCAUCUCCAUCCCAAAAGGAGCAGAAGGAGGUGAUCAAAUCUGGGAAGCCCGAUUUCACUGCUUGGGGGCUGAGCCUUUCUUGUGGAAUUGCCCUGUGACUGCCCUGGGUGUUCCUGACUGUACCCAUGGAAACACGGCCUCUGUGAUCUGCUCAGGAAACCAGACCCAGGUGCUGCCCCAGUGCAACGACUCCGUGCCUGAACCAGCAGGCUCUGAAGCCCCAGAGGAGAGCGCUGCUGCCAACUGCUCAGACAGCAGACAGCUCCGCCUGGUGGCCGGGGGCGGUCGCUGCGCCGGGAGAGUGGAGAUCUUUCACCAGGGCUCCUGGGGCACCGUCUGUGAUGACGGCUGGGACCUGAACGAUGCCCACGUGGUGUGCAGGCAGCUGGGCUGUGGAGAAGCCCUCAACGCCACGGUGUCGGCUCGCUUCGGGGCGGGAUCAGGGCCCAUCUGGCUGGACGACCUGAACUGCACAGGAAAGGAGUCCCACGUGUGGAGGUGCCCUUCCCAGGGCUGGGGGCGGCACGACUGCAGACACAAGGAGGAUGCGGGGGUCAUCUGCUCAGAGUUCCUGGCCCUCAGGAUGGUGAGCGAGGACCAGGAGUGUGCUGGGUGGCUGGAAGUUUUCUACAACGGGACCUGGGGCAGUGUCUGCCACAGCCCCAUGAGAGACAUCACCUUGUCCAUCAUCUGCAGUCAGCUUGGCUGUGGGGACAGUGGAACUCUCAACUCUUCUGUUCCUCUUAGGGAAGGUUCUAGACCCCGGUGGGUAGAUGAAAUCUACUGUCGGAAAACUGAUACCUCUCUCUGGCAAUGUCCUUCUGACCCUUGGAAAUACAGUUCAUGCUUUCCAAAGGAGGAAGCCUAUAUCUCGUGUGCAGGAAGGAGACCUAAGACCUGUCCAACUGCUGCCCCCUGCACAGACAAAGAGAAGCUCCAGCUCAGGGGAGGAGACACCGUGUGCUCAGGGCGGGUGGAGGUCUGGCACAGCGGCUCCUGGGGCACAGUGUGUGAUGACUCCUGGAGCCUGGCAGAGGCCGAGGUGGUGUGUCAGCAGCUGGGCUGUGGCCAUGCCCUGGAAGCCGUGAGGGACGCAGCAUUUGGCCCCGGAAAUGGGAGCAUCUGGCUGGACGAGGUGCGGUGCGGGGGCCGGGAGUCCUCCUUGUGGGACUGUGCUGCGGAGCCCUGGGGGCAGAACGACUGCAAGCACGAGGAGGAUGCUGGAGUGAGGUGCUCGGGUGGAAGAACAACAUUACCCCCCACUACAGCAGGGACCAGACCAGGCUCAUAUCCUAUCCCUGGCAUCUUCUCCCUGCCUGGGAUCCUCUGCCUCAUCUUGGGGGCCCUUCUCUUCCUGGUCCUCGUCAUCCUGGUGACUCAGCUGCUCAGAUGGAGAGCAGAGCGCAGAGCCGUAUCCGGUUUUGAAGAUGCUCUUGCUGAGGCCAUGUACGAGGAGCUUGAUUACCUUGUGACACCGAAGGAGGAUCUUCUGGGCAGGCCAGGGUUCCUGUCAGAUGACUCUUUGACCAAACUGCCAUAUGACUCUGUGGAUGGUGAGGGCAAUAGUGACUAUAAGUCCACUCCAGAACCCCCAGAGCAGAGGACUGAUGACGCUGGUGAGGGUUAUGAUGAUGCUGAAGAGGUACCAGUGCCUGGGGCUCCUCCUGCCUCUCUGAGGAGUGAGGGGGAAGUGCCCCCAGAGAAGGAGAACGGGGUGACGGCCUCUCAGACAGGUUUUUUUCACGUUCCUCCAGGAAAGAAGAUCUGGGAAAGGAGAAACUCCUGACCGAAGAAUAUGAGCUUGGAAAUGAGGAUGCUGCAUUUGGAAGCAGUGGAAUUCCAUCUGAAGAACAAAUACACGUCUAUUGAAACUCCUGUUACAUUCUGGUCCAAACUUGAGGUUCAAAAAAUAUCACUGCUUGUGUCCAUAUAGGAUAAUGCUGACUUGUGUUCCAUUUUUAUGUAAA